AUGUUUGGAGUUAGGAAGAUGUUGUUGGUUAAACCAACUCCAAAUCUACUACGAUUCACAAGAUCUGUGAAAACUUCAACAAUUGAUUGGAAACCAAUAAAAUCAGUACCUGGAAAUUUAAGAACAAUAUCACAUCAAAAGAAAAUGCCAAUAAUAAGAAAAUUUAUUUUGGGUUUAAUGUAUGCUAUGCCAAUAAUAACUUUUGGUUUAGGAUGUUGGCAAAUUAAAAGAUUAAAAUGGAAAAAUGAUUUAAUUACAAAAUGUGAAACUAAUUUAGCUUCACCUGUUCUAGAGUCAUUACCAGCUAAUUUAGAUCCAAAUGUUAUUGAAGAAUUUGAAUAUAGACGUUUUAAAUGUAAAGGAAAAUUUGAUUAUGAUCAAGAAAUGUUCUUAGGUCCAAGAUUAAAAGAUGGAGUAUUAGGAUAUUUAAUUGUUACACCAUUUAUAAGAUCAGAUGGUGGGAAACCUAUUUUAGUAGAAAGAGGUUGGAUUCAUAAAGAUAAAGUAAUACCAUCAAAAAGAACAAAGGGUUAUUUAUCUCAUUUAGCUAUGCCACAAGGUGAAAUUGAAAUAGAAGCUUUAUUUAGAUGUAUGCCUAAAAAAUCAAGUUUACAAUUUGAUCAUGAACCUGGUGCUAAAUUAUUUAAUAUACCUGAUAUACCAGCAAUGGCUAUACAAAGUGGUUCAUUACCAAUAUAUUGUCAAAUGAUUUAUGAUUUAAGUGAUCAUUUAGAUUAUAAAACCGAAAAAGCACUAGAAUCAAAAGGACAAAAUACAUCACCAUCUUUUUGGAAUAAAAUAUUUUUUAAGGCAGAUCAACAAAAUAAUAAUGAAAAAGAUAAAAAAUAUAUUCAAGAUCUUUCUGAUGAUUCAAUGUAUUAUCAAGAAUUUGAAUUUAUAAAUCAAGGAGUUCCUAUAGCUGCAAAACCAACUAUUAAAUUUUCAAAUAAUCAUUUACAAUAUCUUAUAACUUGGUUUGGAGUAUGUAUUGCAAGUACAGGUUUAUUAAUAUAUAUGAGUUGGAAAACAAAACAAUUUUCAAGCGCUGAAAGAAUUAUUGAAGCUAAAAGAAAAGAUAUGAAGAAGUUAAUAUAA